UAAACCUGAUCGAAUCAAGAAAGAAAGAAAUAACGAGGGACCCACCCACGUGUGUAUUUGCCACCUGAGAGCUGACGGACAUGAAGAAAAAAAAAAGUGGGAUGGCCACAGUGAGAAGGGAGGGGGAAGCCAGAAAGUUUAUCUACCCUGCUCAUCGCUGGCUGUCAGUGAACUCCCCUAAACAGCGCUGAGCUCACGGAGUCCUUUUUAGUGGCACCUCGACCACAACCACCACCACCACCACCAUCGCUCCUCCUCGUCCUCCUCCGCUCCUGUGAGACUCGCCCACCCACCGCCAGCAUGCCUGAGACUGAGACAGCCGAAGCCGUGUCAGCCACCCUGACCAGCCACAGGAACUGUACCGUGGAGAUCACCAACGUCAGCGGUUACUACUGCCUCAUCAACCCCAAGGUGCACAUGACCAGCGGUUCCUGCUACCACCCUCCCCAGCCCACCGUGCGCUCCACCAUGACCGAGGUCUGCUCCUUCACCAAGGACGACGCCGCUGCCACGGGGGCGGUGGGCGUGCUGACCUACGACCUGUUCCACAUGCAGAGCCGCCACUGCGCCGGCCGCAUCGCCAUCAUGUUCUCCGUGCCCUUUGACCAGAACCUCUUCAAGAACUGGCUGGCGGCCGGCGUGUUCGAGGCGGAGCGCUCCUGCGACAAGAAGCUCUACGAGCACAUGUACGACGGCAAGGACUUCACCCACUUCACCCGCGUGGAGGCCGGGCUGUCGGGCGUCGUGCACCAGGGCCAGCACGUGGACCUGAGGGCCACCAUGUCCAACACGGGCCACGCCAUCCUCAAGGUGGAGCUCUACGACAAGCUGUAGCUAACUUGGUGCCUCCCAAAUACUCGGUUUAACCAAACCAAAGGUCUUGAGUAUUGAAUGGAAUAAAAAAAAUAU